AUGGAUAGUCUCUCUCUUCCUCCUAAUCUCCUCUUUGCUAAACCCCGUCAAAACCCGCUUUAUAACCCCAGCCCCACUCCUCACCCUCUCGUGCUCUAUAAAAACCGAGUAGCUCUCCGGAUCUCCCGGCAAGAACCACCGGUACUGCCCGUAGGCCGUCCGAUUCCAGAAGAAAACCGGCACAGAACCGGCCAACAUACAAUCGAAAAUCGAGCGCCGGGUAUAACUGUCCCCUUUGGGCUGCAGGCAGAACUCCGACCCGAGCAGAGCUUCCAGAACAACAGACGAGUUGGCAGCACACUGGGCCGCGUCGCAGUCCACCAGCCGACAGAAACCCGGUUCGGUUUUGCAGUACCCGAGCAGAAGGGCCCGAAAAUCGCGCCGGACCCAGUUUCGGGCCGCCCCAAUGAAGGUGAACAGGUUAGAUCUAUUACGCUCGCGCACGAAUUUCUGCCACAGUUGGACGGUUUCCCUAUCGUCGGGGUGGAAUCCCGUGGGGUAAGGCGCACUGACGUCGCGUGGGUCCCUCGGGGCACUUUCUAUAAUGAAUCGGGUCACGGCCUGCAUCUCGGCCGUGUUGAGGAAACUGGAGCCCCAGCGUUUGGCCGGUUCGGUCAGGCGACGGAAAUCCCACGACUUCCUGCCCUUGACCCAGUGGAGCAUCUCCUCGCAAAGGUGGUCCCUCCGCCACGUGUCCGUAGAAGGGGAUGUAGAACGCCGCAGCUGAUUCCGGCUCGAGGGUCCUGCAUUUGUGGGUCAAAACGCGGUGGUGAAAAAUUAGCUCCAGCGCGAACUGGUUCGUGCGGUACCACGAUCCGGCUAAAUUCUCCGGCAGGAGGCGGCGGAGCUCGACGGCGGGGCCGCCGUAGCCGCGAUUGGGAACCAGGCCGCACUGCCAGUUCCAGGGGAUUAAGUCGGUGCAGUUGUGUAGCAACAGACGUACACCUUGCCGGAGGGGCAUUCGUUCCGGUGGGAGACGGCGGGGUUCAGGCAAGACGGCGAAAGGCGCAUAAAGUAAAGGACGAAAAAUUGGGCGGAAAGGAAAAGGAUAAAGAGAGAGAAACGAGGGUGGGAAGAAAAUUGGGUGUGGAAAAAUUUCAGAGAUUUGUUUAG